UGAAGGAAGCGCUCGUUAUAUAAUCGUGGUGGUAUGGCUCAGUUUUCCUGGAAGAACUGAGGAAAAUCACAAGGAAGCACAGAAAGGAUACUUGAAAAUGGCGAUGCUGGGUAACUCUCUGCUGGAGGGCACCGUUCUGUUCGUGUCCAGUUUCCUAUUAUUCGCCUGGUUGUAUUUCUGGUACAAGUUUAGUUACUGGCAAAGGCGAGGUGUGCCACAUUCAAAGCCAACCAUGAUAUUUGGCAGCUACAAGGACUGCGUCUUGCAGAAGGAAUGUGUUGGACAAUUCAUGCAGAGGAUGUACAAUGAAGGCGUUGGUAAACGUUUCUUCGGCUGCUACGUUUUCACCAGGCCUGCCUUGGUGUUACGUGACCCAGAAUUGAUGAAGGAAAUUCUAGUGAAAGAAUUCAAUACGUUUUUCAAUCGCAAUGCUCAGUCGAAUCAUCAGAAAGACCCUCUGUCGCAAAACCUGUUCCUAAUAAAGGGAGAACUAUGGAGGCAUUUGCGACUGAAGAUGUCGCCAAUCUUCACAUCAUUCCGUCUGAAGCAAAUGUUUCCGCUUAUAAACACCUGUGGGAAGCAACUGUGCCAGUACGUAGAGAGGUCGGACAAACAAAUUGAAAUGAAGGAAGUUGCCGGCAAAUAUGCAACUGACGUCAUAACAACUUGUGCAUUUGGUAUAGAGAGCAACAGCCUUUUGAAUCCCAAUGCCGAGUUCCGUGAAUUUGGAAGGAAGAUUUUUGAUUUUUCUGUUUAUAGGAGUUUUGAGUUUAUGUCAGCCUUUAUGCUCCCACUUGUCGCUAAGCUUAUGGGCAUCACUUUCUUCUCAAGAGAAACAACGAAAUUCAUGAGGAAAACAUUUUGGGAGACCAUACAAGAGAGGGAAGAGAAGAAAAUUGAAAGGCAUGACUUCCUGGAGCUGUUAAUUAAGCUGAAGAAUGGUAAAGACAUUACCAAUGAAAAGUCUAUGAAAAAUGGGCUCAGCACUGAAACUUUGAAUGGGACGACUGACGUCAGUAAUGGAAUUAUGAAGGACAGUAAACCUAUCCAGCUCGAAGGAGAUAUUCUUGUUGCCCAGGCUGCAAUAUUCUUCACUGCAGGGUUUGAAAGUAAUGCUUCAACCACAUCCUUCACCCUGUAUGAGCUGGCAAUGCAGCCUCAUUUACAAACCAGACUGCGAGAAGAGAUUCUGCAUACGCUUGACAAGAAUGAGGGGCAGUUUACAUAUGAAGCUAUCAGAGACAUGGAGUACCUCCACAUGGUGAUAUCAGAGACACUGCGGAAGUUCCCUCCACUGCCAAUAUUAGACAGAGUUGCAGAGAGAGAUUAUGUCAUUCCCGGCACCGACAUAACCAUUGAAAAGGGCACCACAGUGUAUGUCCCACUCCUGGGCAUACACAUGGAUCCGGAAGUGUUCCCAGAUCCCGAGCAUUAUGACCCUGAGAGGUUCAAUGAGAAGAAUAGGAAAGCACGCCACCCUUUCAUGUAUUUGCCUUUUGGAGAGGGUCCUAAAUACUGUAUAGGUAAGGGGUUUGGUCUCAUUGCUUCAAAGGUGGCCGUGGCCAAUGUGCUGGCGAACUUCAUAGUGUCACCGUGUGCUGAUACUCCAAGCAGCAUUCAGUUAAAUCCGAAGGCUAUGAUAUUGGCUGCCAGAGGAGGAAUUCGUCUGAAAUUCACCAAACUAAAUCGCUAGCCAUUUCUGUUUGCCGUUCAGAUCCUUGAAAUGCAGGCCUUUGGAGCAAUGGUUACAUAAUUUCUUUGUUUCACUUAUAACUGUCCUGCACAUUGUUAUUACUAGUACUGAGACCUGUUUAUAAUGUAGUACACAUAAUAACAGACAUGUGUCAGAAGUGGA